UACUGUGCGAUUCUUCACUGCAUUACGACCCUCCAGUGCCAACAGGUGUACACCAGCUUCAGCGGCCGGCGCUUCCAAAAGAGCGGAACUCAGAUCUUGUCACCUUUAUCCCACUGAAAAAAUGAAGUCAUCAUCGUCGAGCAACAACUGCGGAACAUCUGUUUUAAUCAUGAUCUUGUCCGUACUUGUAGUUUUUGAAAUUGCUUCAACAUUUGCUGCAGCAUAUCCCGCCAGUUAUUCUGGAUACUACUCACCGAUUGGUUUCGAAGAACAGAACCCUAACUACAUAAAUCUACAGCAAGCGAUUGCCAGACUUAGACAAGCUUUUAUUGAAAACAACGACUUAGAAAACGAAAACAAUGUUGAACAAGCGGUCUCUGAUUUAGUGGAACUAACAAAGGCCGCUCUGGAGAAUUGGUUUUACUACUACGAGCAAGACCUUAAAUAUCUGAUUAACAAUUACGAUUUUAAUUCGAAAAAUUUAUUGCAUUUUUCGGAUCUAAUACCAGACAGACACGUAAUAAAAUCCGAGGAAAAAAGAUCUGGAAUAUUCAAUGAUAAAAGAAGUCUAAGAAAUAAACUCGCAAUGGAUAGAAAUAUUAAGCGAAAAGCCGAUUUUGGUAGCGAAAGAGGGACUACAGGAGUACAAGCUCAACAAUUACGACAGUUUUUCCACAUUGGAUGAUUUAUUUAGACUGCUUCCUACCUAUUUAUUAUUAUGUUUUUUUUUAAUUUAUUAUGAACAUUGACUGAAAUCAAUCAUCUAUACACCAAUCAUAUAUAACUGAAGUUGAGUAAAUAAAUUUA